AUUCCCUCCUUGCCUCCUUCCCUUGCCAUGGCAGUCGACGCUCUUCCUCCCAAGCACUCCCAAAUUCUGGUCAUCGGAGGUGGACCGUCGGGCAGUUACGCCGCGUCGGUGCUGGCGAGAGAGGGAAUGGAGGUCACUCUGCUCGAAGCCGCAGAAUUUCCCAGAUACCACAUAGGCGAAAGCCUCAUCCCCUCUGCGCGGCACUACCUAAAGUUCAUCGACGCGGAAGAGAAGCUGGUGCAGGCUGGCUUCAAGCAUAAGCCAGGCGCUGCCAUCAAGUUCAACCAGCACAAAAAGGAAGGAUAUACCGACUUUGUGGCACUUGGGAUUCACAAUAGCUCAUGGAACGUCAUACGCUCCCAAUUCGAUGACCUUCUGCUCAAGCAUGCUCGUACUUGCGGCGUCGAAGUGUUCGAGCGGACGAAGGUCGGCUCGGUCGAGUUUAGCGCCCAAGAUACGAGGCGCCCGGUCAUCGUCAACUGGACACACACGACCAAGGCAGGAUUCGCCUCUGCUUCCGUUCCGAGUCGCACCACGGGCCGCACGACCUUCGACUACCUCGUCGACGCAUCCGGUCGCGCAGGCGUUAUGUCGACCAAGUAUAUGAAAAAUCGGCACUUCAACGAGUCGCUGAAGAACAUCGCGAUCUGGGGAUACUGGCGCGGUGCGGGGACGUACGGGAUGGGGACAAGCAGGGAGGGCGCGCCAUGGUUCGAGGCUCUGACGGACGAGUCAGGCUGGGCGUGGUUUAUACCUCUCCACGAUGGUACUACGUCCGUCGGCGUGGUCAUGAACCAGCAGAUGUUCACGGAAGGCGCAAAAUGGGCCUCGAUGUCGCCUUUCUCCCCCGAAGCAGCUCCCAAUCCUCGCGGUUCGACAAUGACGAGUCGCUACCUUGCGGCUCUCGGCAACGCACCUCAGGUUGUCGAGCUGCUCUCGGAGCACGCGCGGAUGGUCGAGGAUAGCGUCAAGAGUGCGUCUGACUACUCGUACAAGGCUACGGAGCACGCGGGCCCGAAUUUCAGGAUUUGUGGGGAUGCCGGAGCCUUCAUCGACCCUUGCUUCUCAAGCGGCAUUCACCUAGCGCUCACCUCCGCCAUGUCGGCUGCGGCGAGUAUCUGUGCGGCAAUCCGCAGUGACUGUACGGAGGAAGCCGCGGGAAAGUGGCAUACGGAGAGGGUGAUGACGAGUUACACGCGCUUUCAGCUCGUCGUGCUCAGCGCGUACAAGCAAUUCCGCAAUCAGGCGGAGGACGUGCUGUCAGAUAUAGACGAGGACAACUUUGAUCGCGCGUUUGCGAUGUUCAGGCCGGUCAUCCAAGGUGGUGCGGACAUCGGUAUCCGUCUCUCAGAAGACGAGCUACAGCGGUCGCUGGACUUCUGCGCGAAUCUGUUCAAUCCCACGACUCCGGAGCAGCAUGCUGAGCUUGUGCUAGGAGGGAAAAUUGCGAAGGACCUACUCGAUGUCAAUAAGCCGGUGGUGGAUCGUGCAGUCCUAGACGAGGCGCUGCAUGUGCGCGAUGAGAAGAGCGGCGAGGCGCGACUUGGAGGAACCGACGGCGUUCGGUCAGAGAGGCGCGGCGAGACGCAGCUGGUGCUGGACAAGAUCAACGCGCGCAGGGUGAUCCAGCCGGAGUAUGCGAUCAGCAACAUGGAAGAUGAAGGUAUAGAUGGAUAUGCGGUCAGGUUGCAGAGGGGCAAUUUGGGGCUGAACAAGGUUCUCUCUUGAAUGAUAAAGCAAUGAUUCUCUAUGGAUAGAUGCAGGGUAUGGACUAAGAAAUUAUUGUGAUACGAUGCGUUCACUUCAGUAGCUAUAAAACUCAGCCUCAGGUGGCAUCCUAUCAAUAUUGGGCAACGGGCCCUCCUUUCCUUUUGGGCAGGUCCAUCGCUUACCCUCGCACCAGUCCGCAAGUGUGGCUUUCCG